AUGGGAGUGUUUAGUAUCCACCAACCACCCUCUAUGGAUCAUGGAGUCGCUCAGUUUGCGCCACAAACGAACCUUUUGGCCGUCGAUGGAUCCGCGCGGGCUCUACAAAGCGACACGAAGAAAUUCAAGCUGAGUUUACCAUUCGUAAAUUCGGUGGAUAGGACUCUUAUCUUGCCCGAAAUCGGGGUCUUUAAGAGAGGUGGACCUAAGUUGAAGCGAUUGGGCCAAGUCAUUCAUCGCAAUUCACGCCGACUGUCCCGGUCGCUUCUUUGUUCGCACCUGUCGCUGUUACGGUCGGCGCUCGACGAACGGACACACUCGCUGGACACCCUAAUGGAAACGACACUUUUCAAGAAGGGUCUCACUGCAACAAACACCAUCCCCAGCCAAGUAUAUCUAGUUGGAUCCUUUCUAGUCAAGUGCUUUGUCAGAAAAUUAAAUGAAGAGGCAACUGAUGGGAAUCCGGUAGAUCUUUUGAAAUUGGCCGCUCUGGUAGUGGACCAAUGCACUACCCUGAAAGCGUGA